AUGGAGACAAGACAGGGGGAAGACGUGCAGCAAGGUGACCCUAUUAACACUAAAUUGGACCGGUUGUUGGAUCGUUUCGAUAAAUUGGACGCGUGGAGGGACGAGACGGAUCGGAGGUUUGAGAAUCUUGAGGCGCCUCCCUCACGCGAGGUAGAACCCCCAUCGCGGCAUGGCGAUUGGGAUGAGUAUGAGGAUAUGGAUGUUCGGGGCAAGAGGCCAUGGGACAGAGGGAAUAGGCCUCGCCGUGCGACAGUGAGUGGAGACCCAUCGGGGUUUGAUUCUGCCCGUUCCAGGUUUAACGGUUUCAAUCAAUCGUUUGACCGCCCAACGUCCUGUUGGGACCCGCCCCAGCGUUUUACUUCGCGCGACUCAUCGUUUGAUAAAGCCGAAAGGGUUAAGAUGGCGGCACCGCGGUUCGAUGGCUCUGACACGACGAAUUGGGUGUCGCGAGUCCAAUUUUAUUUUAAUCAUCUGAUGAUGCCAGACGCACAUCGCUUACACUAUGCGGUGAUGUUGUUUGAUCCUCCGGCAUCGGAGUGGGUCUUUAACUAUUGCGCGAACAAUGAAUUUGUCACGUGGCAGGAGUUCUUGGAGGAUGUACGACAUCGUUUUGACAGAGAGAGUUUUCAAGACUACUUCGGCCUAAUUGCAAAAUUGACACAAACGGGGUCAGUGCUCGAGUAUCAUGAUACGUUUGAGAAGUACCUCAACCGGGUUCAGGGCGUUCCGGAAUCACAGUUGCUCACUCUGUUCGUGGCAGGUUUAAAGCCGGAUAUGCAAGAAAGGUUGCGCCUACAUCGCCCGUCAUCUCUAGCCGCGGCGAUGGCUUUGACCUUGGAACUGGCUGACUCUCACAGCGAUCGCCAACAGCCACAGCAGACCUCUCGUCGUCCGUGGCAGCCCCGGGAGACUCGCAAUCAGACAGUCCCGAAUCCCAGCCAGACGACGACCCAGAAUACCAUAGGCCAGACUCAACAGCCGGCUCAGGGGCGCUUUUCCAACCCCUCUGACCAACCUCAGAUCCGAGUGUCCCAGGCUGAGAAGGCAGAGCGUGCGAAGCUGGGUCUCUGCUACUAUUGCCCAGAUAAGUGGGUCUUUGGCCACAUUUGCAAACAGCGGCUCCUCUGCUAUGCCAAAGAUCCAAUCGAUGUGGAAGACGGAGAUUUAGAGAAUGUUACAACUGAGGAUUUCGAAGACACAGAGGUAGCACACGUCCACGCUAUGUAUGGGGGUCGUAGAUCGCGGCCACUGAAAGUGAUAGGGACCAUACAGGAUCGGGAAGUGUGUAUUUUGAUUGAUACGGGGAGCGAUCGGGAUUUCCUACAUCCGCAAAUCGCGGAGGGAUUGCACCUACCGCUUUCACCUAUUCGGUCAUUUAGAGUUAUUGUGGGGAAUGGCGAGGCUCUGCUUUGCACGCACAUUUCAAAGCAGACGAAAUUGGAAAUACAAGGAACAACAUUUUUGGUGGAUCUGCAUAUUCUGCCGGGGGAUCAACAGGUCAUUCUGAAAGGCAUCUUACCUCCACCCCGCCGCGUUAAUCUCCAACUUUUGGCAUCAUUAGUUCCUUCGCAGGAGGUGCUCGACAUCUUUGAAUUGUUGUUGCUGGACACAGAAGCCGCUCAAUCAGAGCAGACCGCGGGCGGGGAUUUUCCAGAUGGGCUACCGUCGGGUAUAGUGGAUGUGUUGACGCAAUUCAAGCCAGUUUUUAGCUUGCCGGCGGGGAUGCCACCCAAAAGGCUUUUCGAUCACCGUGUCCAUUUGUUGCCAGGAAUGAAACCCAUCAAUGUAAUACCUUAUCGCUAUCCUUAUUUUCAGAAGAAUGAAAUUGAACGACAGGUCAAGGACAUGCUUGAGCGGGGCAUUAUCCAGCGAAGCAGCAACCCAUUUUCAUCCCCCGUGCUCCUCAUCAGGAAGAAGGAUGGGACGUUUCACUUUUGCAUCGAUUACCGUGCUUUGAAUAGUGCAACAGUCCCGGAUCAUUUUCCAAUUCCGACGGCAGAUGGACUCUUUGACGAGCUAGGCAAGGCUCUAAUCUUCACUAAAUUGGAUCUACGUUCGGGGUACCAUCAAAUCAGAAUGCAUGACGAGGACAUUUUCAAAACGGCUUUCCGCACUCAUGAUGGCCAUUUUGAGUUUUUGGUCAUGCCGUUCGGUCUCACAAAUGCGCCCCGGACUUUUCAGGCAGCCAUGAAUGCUAUUUUUCAACCGAUGCUCCGAAAGUUCGUCAUUGUCUUCUUCGAUGACAUUUUAGUCUACAGCCCGUCGGCGGAGGCGCACGGGCAGCAUCUGGCUGCUGUUCUCGACGUGUUGCAGAAGAACAAUUUUUUCGUGAAGUUAUCGAAGUGCUCUUUUUGUAGCUCCACGGUGGAUUAUUUAGGCCAUUUAAUCAGCAAGGGCCUUUUGAAGGCCGAUCAGAGCAAAAUUGUUGCUAUGACAGCCUGGCCUACACCCAAGUCGGUUAAGCAGCUCCGGGGUUUCUUGGGGUUGACGGGGUACUACCGUCGGUUUAUUGCAGGAUACGCUAUGAUUACGGCUCCAUUAACCGAGCUGCUCAAGAAAGUUUCCUUCCAUUGGUCUACUGAAGCUGAGGAGAGUUUUGGGAACUUAAAGACAGCGAUGACUUCAGCACCGGUUCUUCAACUGCCAGACUUUGAUCGCCAGUUCUGUAUAGAGACCGACGCGUCAGAUCUUGGCAUCGGGGCAGUGUUGUUGCAGGAUAGCCACCCCAUAGCUUUUUUUCAGCAAGAAACUAGGUCCUCGACGUCGUGUGGCAUCUACGUAUCACAAGGAAUUAAGAGCUUGAAGGAAUUACUACAGCAAGUCGUUCAAACCCCGGAUCAACAGCUCUAUGUGAGGAAGUUAACGGGGUACAAGUUCAGGAUAGAAUACAAAAAAUGGACGUCCAACAGCGCGGCAGACGCACUUUCACGCCGCGCUGAGCCAACCGACGACGAGUCUGCUGUCAGUGGAGAGAGCGUGGAGCUCGGAAAUGCGCAGGAAGAUGGAGUUCUCCUGACAGCAGCCGCCUGCCCGGUCCCACAUCUGAUGGACCUGCUGCGACGCGAGACGGCCUCGUCUCCGGCAAUACGGGAAAUGACGAAGGAGAUAAAGGAGGGACGCGCCCCGCCUCAUUUUUCGUGGGUGGACGGUUUGGUCUAUUAUAAGAGACGGAUUUAUGUGGGUUCCCGGUCUUCAGCUCGCAAUCCGAUCCUGACCGAAUAUCAUUGUUCUCAAUCGGCGGGCCAUCCGGGUUUUGAGAGAACUCUCCGUCGGGUAAUCGCCGAGUUCUAUUGGCCGAAUAUGAAGGAGGAGAUUCGACGUUUCGUCUAG